GGCGGGACCCGGCGGCGCUCGGAGCCCGGCUGCUGCACCUUCCCCUGCGCGCGGGCCUCGGAGUCUCUCCGCUGCCCCCCGGUUGCGCUCUCGCGCCCGCAUCCCCGCGCCCCUGGCCUCCCGCCUCCCGGCCGAGCUCCCUGCAGCGGGGCAUCGCGACGCCCGGGCCUCGGGCCGCCGCGCCGGGGCUGGCGAUGAGCUCGAGGAGCCAUGAGCGCAGACAGCAGCCCUCUCGUGGGCAGCACGGCCCCCAGUUAUGGGACCCUGAUGAUCGAGCCAUCGCUCGAUCCCCUCAGCUCCUCAGUUUCAUCCGUGAAGCUCAGCGGCUACUCUGGCAGUCCAUGGAGGCUCAUUGGCUAUCACCUCGUGGUCUGGCUCAUGGCGGGGCUCCCUUUGCUGCUCUUCCGCUGGAAGCCGGCCUGGGGGGUGCGGCUGCGGUUCCAGCCAUGCAACCUGGCAUGCGCCGAAACACUCGUCAUCGAAACAAGAGACAAAGAGGAUAGUGCAUGGCAGCUCUAUACUGUCCGGGUACAGACCGAGGCCAUCAGCAAGGACAGCUUAGAGCAGCCCUCACAGGCUACAGUGAUGGAGGAUGACGGCCGGAACCAGGCAGCGGUGGGUGCCAUGCCCGAGAAUAUGUGGAAGGACACAGCCCAGCUUCACCAGAAAGAAGAGGCACAACAGUUGCUACGAUUCUACAUCUUUCAGGGCCAACGCUAUGUCUGGAUCGAGACCCAACAGACCUUCUGCCACGUCAGUCUGCUGGACCAAGGCCGCAUGUGCGAAGACAUCCACCAGUCCAGUUCUGGUCUCAGCCCCAAGGACCAGCGUGUGAGGAAGACCAUCUAUGGCCCCAACAUCAUUGCUGUCCCUGUCAAGUCCUAUCUGCAGCUGCUGGUGGACGAGGCACUGAACCCUUACUACGGCUUCCAGGCCUUCAGCAUCGGGCUGUGGCUGGCCGACCACUACUACUGGUAUGCCCUAUGCAUCUUCCUCAUCUCCACCAUCUCCAUCUGCCUGUCACUGUACAAGACCAGAAAGCAAAGCCAGACCCUGAGGGACAUGGUGCAGCUGUCAGUACGGGUGUGCGUGUGCCGGCCUGGGGGAGAGGAGGAAUGGGUGGACUCCAGCCAGCUGGUACCCGGAGACUGCCUGGUGCUGCCCCAGGAGGGUGGGCUGAUGCCUUGUGACGCUGCCCUGGUGACUGGCGAGUGCAUGGUCAAUGAGAGUUCGCUAACAGGAGAGAGUGUUCCUGUGCUGAAGACAGCCCUACCACAGGCGCCAGUCCCCUACUGCCCAGAGAUGCACCGGCGGCACUCCCUUUUCUGUGGGACCAUGGUGUUGCAGGCCCGCUCCUUCACAGGACCCCGCGUGCUCGCUGUGGUCACCCGGACAGGGUUCUGCACAGCCAAAGGAGGCCUGGUGAGCUCUAUCCUGCACCCCCGGCCUGUCAGUUUUAAAUUCUACAGGCACAGCAUGAAGUUCGUGGCUGCCCUCUCUGUGUUGGCUCUCCUCGGUACCAUCUAUAGCAUCUUUAUUCUUCACCGAAACAGGGUGCCUCUGAGUGAGAUCGUAAUCCGGGCCCUGGAUUUGGUAACUGUGGUGGUGCCGCCCGCACUGCCAGCUGCCAUGACCGUUUGCACACUCUAUGCCCAGAGUCGGCUCAAGCGCCAGGGCAUCUUCUGUCUCCACCCUCUACGUAUCAACCUGGGGGCCAAGCUGCAGCUGGUGUGUUUUGACAAGACUGGCACACUCACAGAGGAUGGCCUGGAUGUGAUGGGAGUGGUACCUCUGAAAGACCAAGCAUUCCUGCCAUUGGUCCCCGAGCCCCGCUGUCUGCCUAUGGGACCCUUGCUGCGUGCACUGGCCACCUGCCACACCCUCAGCCUUCUCCAGGACACCCCAGUGGGCGACCCUAUGGACCUCAAGAUGGUGGAAUCUACUGGCUGGCGUCUAGAAGAGGGGCCAGUUGCGGACCCAGUAUUGGGCACCCAGGUCUUGGCGGUGAUGAGACCACCUCAUCAGGAGCCACAGGCACAGGGCAUGGAGGAGCCUAUGGUGCCUGUCAGCAUCCUGGGUCGCUUCCCCUUCUCAUCGGUCCUGCAGCGUAUGGAUGUAGUGGUGGCAUGGCCAGGGGCUGCGCAGCCUGAAGCCUAUGUCAAGGGCUCUCCUGAGCUGGUGGCCAGCCUAUGCCACCCCGAGACAGUGCCCACCCACUUCGCCGAGACACUGCAGAGCUACACAGCUUCCGGCUAUCGGGUCGUGGCUCUCGCAGGCAAACUACUGCCCAUCGCACCUACCCCAGAAGCAGCUCAGCCGCUCACCAGGGAUUCUGUGGAGCAGGAUCUGAACCUCUUGGGGUUACUGGUCAUGAAGAAUUUGCUGAAGCCACAGACAACUUCGGUCAUCCAGGCCCUGCGGCGGACCCGCAUCCGUACCAUCAUGGCUACAGGGGACAACCUGCAGACUGCUGUCACUGUAGCACGGAGCUGUGGCAUGGUGGGACCCCAGGAGCAGCUGGUCAUCCUCCAUGCCCGUCCCCCAUCACGGGGUCAGCCAGCCUCACUGGAGCUUCUGCCCGAUGACCCUCCUGCCACUGUGAAUGGGGCCACGGAUGCUAACCAGACGGCAGGCUACACCAUGGAGCCAGACCCCCGCUGCCGCCACCUGGCCCUCAGUGGGUCCACAUUUGAGGUCCUCAUGAAGCAUUUCCCCAAGCUGCUGCCCAAGGUCUUGGUCCAGGGUUGUGUCUUUGCCCGAAUGGCCCCAGAGCAGAAAACAGAGCUGGUGUGUGAGCUGCAGAAGCUUCAGUACUGCGUAGGCAUGUGUGGGGAUGGCGCCAACGACUGUGGGGCCCUGAAGGCGGCUGACGUGGGCAUCUCGCUGUCUCAGGCUGAGGCCUCCGUAGUCUCCCCCUUCACCUCAAGCAUGGCUAGCAUUGAGUGUGUGCCCAUGGUCAUCAGGGAAGGUCGCUGCUCCUUGGACACAUCCUUCAGCGUCUUCAAAUAUAUGGCCCUGUACAGCCUGACGCAGUUCAUCUCUGUCCUCCUGCUCUAUACGAUCAACACUAACCUGGGCGACGUGCAGUUCCUGGCCAUCGACCUGGUCAUCACUACCACCGUGGCAGUGCUCAUGAGCCGCACAGGGCCGGCCAAGACCCUGGGCCGGGCACGGCCUCCUGGGGCCCUGCUCAGCGUACCUGUCCUCAGCAGCCUGCUGCUGCAGGUGACUCUGGUGGCUGGCGUGCAACUCGGGGGUUACUUCUUGACUGUAGCCCAGCCCUGGUUUGUACCACUGAACAGGACAGUGCCUGCUCCCGACAACCUGCCCAACUACGAGAACACAGUGGUCUUCUCCCUGUCCAGCUUCCAGUACCUCAUCCUGGCUGUGGCCAUGUCUAAGGGCGCGCCCUUCCGCCAGCCACUCUACACCAAUGUGUCCUUCCUAGUGGCCCUGGUGCUCUUGGCCUCUGUCCUGGUGGGCCUCCUCCUGGCCCCCGGCCUCCUGCAGGGGCCGCUGGCACUGAAGCCCAUCGCUGACACCAGCUUCAAGAUGCUGCUGUUAGGCCUGAUCGCCUGCAACUUUGUGGGGGCCUUCAUGCUCGAGAGUGUGCUGGACCAGUGCCUCCCUGCCUGCCUGCAGCGGCUCAAGCCCAAGAGGGUCUCCAAGAAGCGAUUUAAGCAACUGGAGCAGGAGCUGGCAGAGCAGCCCUGGCCGCCCCCUACUGGGCCUGUGAGGUAGUACAGGCCCUGAGCUGGCAUCCUGGACACGAACUCUGCCACUGAGCCCUACCUACCCUGGGUCCAUCUCCAGAUACCACCACCAUCAUCAUUCCUGACAGCCCUGAGGUUGGUAGGUGGCAUACUUGUGCCCCAAGUGUGUCCGCCUGGUACCACUUCCCUUUUUUCUACGGGAGGGCUAUGUGAGCCAUGGUCCUCAUGUUAGACCUUCUGCAUAGAGACAGCAGUUACCAGCCCCACUAAAGCUGCUGUUGGUGGAGCAAAUAAAGUCUCAUAUUUUCCUGA